AACGCGAAAACUGUCAUGGCCACAAUGUAUGUGUGUGGCUGUUGCUGUUGCUGUUCAAAUGCAUAAUUUUGACUCCGGUAAUUUUGACUCCGGUGUUAAACCUUUAUGUUUACAAUAAUUUUUGGGGGGAAUGUAAUGUUUGCAUUUUGAUGUUUUUUAUUUACAUCAGUCUUUUCUAAAUUUUUAAUACAAUUCCGUGAUUUUCAAUUUUCAUCAUGUCAGCUAAAUUCGCAGCCGGUACUGCUGCAUUGCCGACGACAGAAGUGGAACUAUCCCUUUCGUGCAGGUCAUUGGCAUGUGCAGAUCUCUUCUCAAAAUCAGACCCAAUGUGUGUUACUUUCAUCCAACCUUUUGGCGAAAAUCGUUGGGUGGAGUACCACCGCACAGAAGUUAUAGACAACUGCCACGACCCGGAAUUUGCAUCCAAGAUUUUGAUGGCCUACAGGUUUGAAGAGCAACAGUACAUAAAAUUUGAAGUUUACGAUGUUGACUCAGCAAGCUCCAACUUAAGUGACCAUGACUUUUUGGGACGUGCCUCAUGCACAUUGGCUCAGAUUGUGUCUAGUGGUAAGGUAGAGCUGCCACUAAGCAACACUGAGCUCAGCUUGCCCGGCGACCGCAAGCUGGGCUCCGUCGUCGUCGUGGCCGAAGAGUUGGCAGCGCUGAAGGACGAGGUGGCGCUGCAGUUCAGCGGCCACCAGCUCGAGAAGAAGGACUGGUGGUGGUUCAGCAAGUCCGACCCCUUCCUCGUGCUGUCGAAGGUCACCGAGUCCGGGGCCUACACCGUCGUGCACAGGACGGAGGUGGUGAAGCGCUCCUUGGACCCUCGCUGGCGGAAGUUCAGCAUCCCGGUGCGGCUGCUGUGCAACGGAGACUACGACCGCAGCAUCAAGAUAACGUGCUGCGACUGGAACAGCAGUGGGGAGGAGAAGCUGAUUGGAGAAUGCCACACCACGUUGAAGAAGCUGAGCGAGGGAGCUUCCCCCGCCAACCACUACCGCCUUGUCAACCCUCAGAAGGCAAGCAAGUCCUCCUACAAGAGCUCUGGUGAGAUACGACUGGAAUACUUUGAGAUACGCAAGAUCCACUCCUUCAUGGAUUACAUACGGGGUGGCAUGCAGCUGCAUUGCACAUUCGCUAUAGAUUUCACAGCGUCGAAUGGAGACCCGACACUGCCCGCCUCGCUCCACCACGUGGGGCCGUCGCCAAACCUGUACGAGCAGGCGAUCCUUGCCGUCGGAACUAUCGUGCAGGACUACGACAGCGACAAGAUGUUCCCCGUGCUGGGCUUUGGAGCGAGGAUCCCUCCAACUGGGCAUGUCUCCCACGAGUUCUUCGUGAAUAUGGACCCCACCAACCCUUACUGUCGAGGCAUCGAAGGUGUGUUAGCAGCAUAUCGCAGCUGUAUCCAGCAAGUACAGCUGUUUGGGCCAACCAACUUUGCCCCAGUGAUAAAUCACAUUGCUCGGUUUGCUGCAACGUAUCGCGACGGCUCCAACUACUUCAUACUGCUGAUUCUCACUGAUGGUGUCAUAACAGAUAUGCCACAGACCACACAGGCACUAGUGGAAGCGUCCAUGCUCCCCAUGUCGCUGAUCAUCGUUGGUAUCGGGAAGGCAGACUUCACCGCGAUGGAGACCCUGGACGCGGACACCGUGCCGCUGCAGUCGGGUGGGCGGAGGGCGUCCCGGGACAUUGUGCAGUUCGUCCCGUUCAGCAAGUUCCUGGGCGUGGACCGGGACCCCGCCGUGGCGCGGAUGAGGCUGGCACAGGAGGUGUUGGCGGAGAUCCCCACGCAGGUGGUGAGCUACAUGAAGGCCAACAGCUUGGCUCCCAGGCCUCCGCUGCAGGACAUAGUGGUGCUGCCUCCCGACCCCACGCUGCUACCGGCAACCAGUUAGCCCCGCCCCUCACAUUUCCAGUUCUGUUUCCCAGUGUGGCGUGUCACAGCAGUUGUAUUUGGACUGCAGCUCAAAUAUAUUAUAUACAUCAUGCAUUAUAUCCUGUCUAUACUUAUUAAAACUACUCGCACAUUGUUCGCAGUACAAAAUACUUAUGUAUUUACUCGAUUUUUGCUAAAUCCAUUGCAUGCCUUUUUUCUUAUUAAUGAGGGCCUUUUCGUUCUAGCUUUGUUGUGUAGUUGUUAGUUUGUAAGUUCAGGUUUUGAGUAAAAAAAAAAAAAAGACAUGAUAAUUGUAUGGUGAAACUAUAUUAAAGAAACUCUGUAAACAUUUAUAUCCACCAAAAUAAAUUAUAUUUUUAAUGUUUAUAUUUACAACCCAAGCAAAUAGCUGUUCCAGAAGUUUUUUUACAUUAAGCCUUUCUUUAAUGUUAUCUCACUUAAGAGUGCUGAAAUAGUCAAGCUAUUAUGGUUUGGACCUUUUUCCUUAACAUCAAUCACAAAUUUUUUUAAAUAAUUUUUUUUAAUGCCCACAAUUUCAUUGAGUGGUAUCUUUAUAGAUACCACAACCUUGUCGGGGGAGCAUGGAAGCCAUAUGGAUGCAUGCCUGUUUAAAAUUUUUCAUCGUAAUAUAGCAACCAGCAUCACACUCGUAACUUUAGGUUGAUUUGCACUGUGUUGAUACUGUUGCGACCCUUAUUGAAGUCAGUUGCAAAGACACAGCCUUAAUCAGAGUCGUGUAAUGUUAUGGCUGCUUGUGAUGAAUAGCUAACUGUAAAAGUAUUAAAAAACACUACCUGUUUCUGACAAAAGAAUACAUUUUCAUCUGUUUAUCGUUGAGGGUUCUUAAUUCAUUUUAAAACAAUUUUAAUGAGCAAGUAUUCAGGCUUGAGCAAUUAAAACGUUCACACAAAAAAUUUGUGAUCAAGAGUUGACUCAUUAGAAAUUGUGGUCAAAUUUGUACUUUUUGAUUGAAUGACAAUGCUUCUAUGGAUCUUUACAAUCAUACAGGGUUAUGGACAGUCACAAUUUAAUAGCCAACUGCAUUUUAAGUGUGUAUGAAGACUGUUAAUUAGUAUAAAAUAAAUAUCUUUGUGUUUGUUACAAAAUGUACAUGCAGUAUUUUAGUAGUUGUCACGGUAACAUUGUGUCAAACUAAAACUGCUGUACAGUAAAAUACUUAUUCAUCACAUGUUUGGAAAUAUACUUAUUUUGUAUGUCUCAUUAAAAUCAUCGUAACACAACUGAAACUUUGGGAUAUUCCGCACAUUAUUUCAAAUUAUAUUUUAGUGAUUUCACUGCUGUAAGAUUUGUGUUUGAAUAUUUUUAUGUACCCCCACCCCCCUGGUUUUCGUAACUACAAUUUAAAAAUCAGUUAUCUUAAUAUUUUGUGAUAAGUUUUAGCCAAGUGUAACAUCUCCGGCCAUUUUAUCAAGGAAUUUAGCAUUGGCCAAAAUAGCGGGACACUAGUUGCUAGCAUGCAGUAAAACGUGCAAUUAAGAAAUCAGGGUGAAGAAAUUUUGAGUCCAAAAAUCUAAUCAAUCAAUCCACCCAUUUCAUAAUUCAGUUAAGAGUGCACACGUAACUUUAAACCGCAAAUGAAUGACGUGAAUCUUAGUUACCUGUUGCAACUACUUCGCAACACCAUUUGUGUUAUGUACUUCAUAAUGAUCCUGUUUCUUGAAUUGAAGCACCCUCUACUGAUAAGUAGUUAGAUAUUCAUGAAAAGUGUAGAAAUUAUUUUUUAAUACUACAACAGCAAUCAAAAACCUAUAGGUAAAAUAAAUAUAAUAUUUAUAUAAUAAAUAAAAUAUUUACUAAUAGGUUUUAUGCUUUACAAAAGUUUUUUGUAGAAUGUAAAAUAUACCUGAAUCUCAUUCUUAACCAUUUACCCCAUUUCAGUAUAAACAAUUAGUUUGUUAGUUCAUUAGUUUUGAAAAAACCGUCAUGUAGUUUUUGUACUGCAAAAAUGUGUUUAAAUUGUACGUAUGUUUUACUCUUUACAAUUGUGUGACCAAUGUAUGGGUGUUUUUUCCCUCCAAGGAUUAUACCAUUAUUACUUUGGUUAUAAUUGUAGUGGUGCAGUAUUAUUUGUUUUUAGUCAUUACAUCAUACUUAACUAUGUACUAUAAAUAUAUCUAAUAAGUAAAACUAACAUUAUACAUAUUAUACAUAUUAUACAUCAUAGUAGCAGGUCAUAUAUCAUGUGGUUUGAAUGAAAACAUCUUAUUUCAAAACUACCUAUACACCUUUUCUUUAUUGAAUUAUUAGGUAGAAAACCUCGUACCUCAACUUUCUUUGGUAUAGUACCUUUGUAGAUAAUUACUAAAUAAAUAUAUAUAGUAUAUAUAUAUUAAAUGUAUAAAGUUGUAAAAAAUUUGUAUUAAAACAAUCUCUACCCCCUCCAUCCCUGCCUCCUUGUGCAAAGUUUAUUUCUGAUAUAUGAGGUUUUCAUCCUAAGCUAACAAUAUAGGUAUUCUUUUCAUUUGGCUGCACUUGGCAUUUCUGUCUUGUGCGUUUGUUGCUGAACCGUUUUCUAACCACAUAAAUAACAAUGAAUAAAAAAAACCUAACAUGUUAUUACCAUUUCCAUAUACCUAUAAUUAUACCUAUCUGAAACAUCCUCAAUUCAUAAUUUUUUUUCAGUUUAGGCAUGUUGAAGGUGAAAUUUAAAUAUGCCAUGAAUUGUGCAUGCACCACCCUUGGAAAGUAAUUUUAACAGCAUGAAGUCCAGUGUGCACGAGUUUCGUGCAGUUGUGUUAAAACAUUCACUUUUAUAUAUUUCUACAAUUAAAGUAAUAGCUAUAGCAUAGCUACUAGUACUGUUUUUUUAAGUGCUGAGAUCAGCUAAAUUUGUGUUAAAACAUACAUGGCAUCAAUGAUAUUUGUUGGUUCUCUUUAUUAUGACUAAAGCUGCACUAUAUUUUGCUUUUAAUUUUAAAUGUACAUGCUUUAUUUUGUCAAACUAAAGGCUGCAGCCUAAAGAUCUCACACAUUGUGCUGCCUCUGGCUCGUGAUUUGUAAUAAUAAAUGCUUAUGAAUUUGGAUUAUCUUUUGAUGCUAGGACAGAAAGUCAGUGGAACACAAAGUAUUCUUGUAUAGCUUACAAGAUAUUUUUGUUUUAUUUCAUCAUGCCACUUACACACACCAACAAUUUUUUAAACUUUUUUUUAAGAAAGAAACAUUUUCUAAACCAAGAAUCACAUUUAAUUGUAACUUAAAAUAUUAACUUUUUUUUACUUUAAAAAAAGGUUAAAUACAAAAUAAAUAUUUGUUGAAUGGACAAUAAAAGAAACAGAAACUUUCAUAAUUAUAUUAGGUAAAAUAAUAAUUUUUUGUUUGAUAAAUGUUACUUGCAAGAGCCUCACUAGAAAGUUAACAAAACUUUCGCCCAAAACAUAACUGCUUUGAAGUUGUUGGGAAGAGGGUUUUAAGAGAAACAUGAUUUGUUACAUGCAAAGGCAAAUAUACUGAUCUAAAAUGAGGAUCUCUCUUUUCCAUAAUUGUAUUAUGACAAGGUAAAGAAUAUUACCAUAAACACAACGGAAGACAGUUGCCAGGGCACUUACGUAGCAUGCACCAAUGCUACGUUAUCUGCUAUGUUACUUCAGUGCGAACAUGAAGCAAUGGUAGAGCUCAUGCGAGUAGUUACAAAUAACCAUUUUUUCACCCUAUCUGUUGCAUAUAUUUAUUUUAAGACCGCAAUUUGGUCAGCACUGUAGUGCUUUUUAUAAGUUUUGUAAGUUUGUUAUAAAAUUAAUAUGCUGUUACCUGUUCUUUACUGAUGGAGCUUCAAUAGUGUUUAGUAUACAGCAAAAUCAAAAUGUGUUCAACCUGUGUUUACUCAUACAUCAUAGGUAUGUUAGAGUGACUGUACAUUUUUAAAUCUCUUAUGAGACUGCCAAUACUCAUACCAGCCUUUAUACCACUGUAAUGACAUUACUCCCACAUGUUUAUAUAUACAUAUAUAAUAUAUACAUAUAUAUAUACACACACACACACACUGUUGCAAUAUUUUGGAGUUUUUUUUACAAGAUAUUGAUUGUGAUCAGAAUUAUGUUCUUGUGAUAAUUUAGACUAAAUUUUUAAAGAAUAUAGCCUGUGAUGUUAACAAUUAUAGUCACUUGUCUGGGUGGAACUGAGGUUCCAAUAACUUAUCACAUAUCUGUAAUAUGGCAGUAAAUCUUGGCACAAUAUUGUGUUUCUGUUAAAACUGUUUUGUUAGAUGCAGCCAGUAUUAAAGUAAUAAACUUUACCUUUGCGCUAUUCCUAUUUUUAAAUAUUUAUUUGUAUAACAGGUAUCCAUUUUGUGUAUAUUAAUGAAGCAUUGAUUAAAAUAUCAGUGUCUGUGAGAAGUAAUUGUGAUUGUCAUAUUUGUGUAAUUGCCAUGUAUCAGCUGUGAUCUAUUUUUGCCAUGCUGUUCUACUGUACUAUUUAUUUUACACUUCCAGAAAUUUUUAUACUUGUUUUAAAUCUGGUUUUGUUAAUAAAUCAUACUAAGAAGAAAAUGUUGCUCAAAUUAUUUAUUUAUAAUACAUGUUACGUAUUUAGGGAUGGGGUGAAUCCAUUUGUUUCCCGAAUAUGAAUCCCUACCCUUAUCUUUAUCCGAGAUCACUGAAUCUCAAAUCCGAGCCUGAAUAUCCAAAAGCAAGUUAUGCAAGUUUAAAUAUUUUUCUGUGAGAUGGUUAACAAAAUAUCAAAAUAAAUACAUAAUGCAAGACUAAUAAUUCAAGAACUACCAACUAUU